CCUAACCUGGUUCAAGAUAUUAUCUCUGAUACGACCCUGGAGGCCUCUCUACACAUGGGGGAAGGUAAGUCAGGUCCAAUUCAGCAUUUCGCACAAGAGCUAGCAGAACGACUUAUUAAAUUCCAAGGAUGCUACACCGAGUGCCACCAGGCAGCAAAACAUAAUCAUAUAGAAGAUACAAAUGAACAUAUCAGCCUUACUAUAUACCUA